CAUUCAAUCCAACAUUUAUUGGAACUACCAUCGACGACGACAUCAAACACACAAACACCACUAUCGAUAGUAGUAACUAGUGAUGGUGAUUCCGGGAAUCGUAAUAUCGGACGCGUCACGAGGAAAUUACCAUCACCACCAUCGCGACAACAACACCAACAACCGUCACGUAGUGCUACAUCUUUACUGUUGACCACAGUAGCGGAAAUAACAACAGCCACAUAUUCUACACCAUCCAUAACAUCAUCAAUAAUGUCACCAUUAUCUUUAACGACGACGGGUGUACGAUCAAUUAUAGCGACACCAAAAAAGCAAUACUUCAAACCCCGUAGUGGGAGUUUACAUCAUCAAUACCAUUUACAACGGAUCAGACCACCCCCGCCAGCACAUCAUUCCACAACAGCACUAUCAUCAACCUCAUCGUCAACGUCAUCAUCAUCAUCAAUAGAAGCUGGAGAAACAAUUUUACAGGCGCCACCUGGUACUACUACAGUUGUUGCUGCAGCCGCCAGUACUCAAGGCCAUCCGACAAUUUUAAACAGAAAUCUGGCGCAGGCUAUGAAUAAAAUUGAAGACCAUACACGAGUGUUAAGAGCAACAAGAUUAAUUCAACAAUCAACGCAACACAAAGACGAACAAAGGUCAAUUACCGCUUCGGCCACAACUGCACCCUCAACACAUUUACCACAUUUGAAAAAACGAAAAUUAGAUACCGGUUUAGAAUUAGAUACUCAAAAAUUAGCCACAUCGACAAGUUAUAGUGAAAAAAUGAGUGAUAGUAAUACGGAUGAUAUCGAAACACAAACAAAACGUCGUCGAAAAGGCGUUAACAGUACAAAUAGUGAAGAAAUGUCGUCAAAAAAAGAAACUUCACAACCACAAAAACCAACGAUACCAUUACCACAGAAAAAACGUGUAUUACCAUCAUCUACUACGGGUAGUCCAGCACGUAAAUCUGUAAAAACUAGUUCAAAUCCAAACACACAAGAUGAACCAGACGAUGAGACAUUAAUACGAGAAACAGAAGCUGCCUUAAAAAGUUUAUCUGGAAGUUGGCCAGGGCCACGUGGUAAACAUUCUGAACAAGAUGAAUCACCAAAUUUUGAAAAUUUAUUCGAAGAGAAAAAGACUUCACCAAAAUUGUCACCAUCGUCAGCAUCUUCCACGGCAUCGUCGAGCAGUAACGAUGCGUCGUGUUCGUUAAAAGAUGUUAUCACGUUACGUGAUCAACAUACAAAUAAUUCGAAUCGUAAUCGAAAUUUAUCGCAUAUACCAAACGAGAAAUUAAUAAAAAUAACCUCGGUUAAAAAUAUUCGCCGGGGUGGGGGAGAUAAAAAUGACGGAGCCGAAGAACCAGAAUUAGCAAAUUUAUUAAAAAUUGAAAAUGAGUGUGCUUCAAUACAAUCGCAAGUUGGUAGUGAAAGUAAGAAGCAUAUUAAAAGAGAAAAACAAGAUAAAACACCAACUCCGGACACGUCGUCAUCACGAUAUGAGCCUCCAGAUUUUAACGAAUUAGUUGAUGACUCUUCAAAUGAAUUAGAAAUCGAUAUGUCAGACCCAUCGGGAGAAAAAGAAGAUGAAGAUAUAGAAUCAAAAAAUAAACAUAAACCAAUAAGUCCUUCUACAUCAUCUCCACGCCAACCGUUAUAUUCACCUUACACACACAAACCAAUUACUACGUCAUCGGUGUCACCAUUCUCUACAACUUCAGCGUUUCGACCUCCAACAUCUGAUUCGUUAUCAAAAAAUCGAAUGUCACAUGUUCCAUCAACUACUGCACCUAGUUCAAUACCUCCAAUCGGCCCAUUUCCAGCGGAAUCAGCUUUUGUGGGAUAUCCACCACCUCCUCCACCAAUUGGCGUAACAACAGUUGUGACAGAUGUACAUCACCCAACUGUUUUGGAUGUUAAACACGUACAUCACCAAAUUAAAAUUAAUGAAAAAGAUACCGUUGAUAGUAAUAUUACGACAACUAAAGCUUCGGUAUCAGUUGCAUCUCCGGAUGCUACAUCGUCAAAACAAUAUACAAUUUUACAACCAGCUGGUGUGGGGUCUAGAGCUGCAACAGCGAUUCAAGAUGUUACACGUGAAGGUGUACUAAGUGUAAAUGCGAUCAGUACUACGAGUCCUGCAAUGGUAGGCACUGCAACGACCGAUAGUUCUUCGAAAGUUGGAUCACCACUCACGCCAAACUUUGAAUUACAACGACCUACGGGUACGCUGUCACCAGGAAGUAUAGGAAAAGAAGGAAAUAAAUGUCCAACACCAGGCUGUACAGGACAAGGGCAUGUAACUGGUCUUUAUUCACAUCAUCGCAGUCUAUCAGGAUGUCCUCGAAAGGACAAAGUAACUCCAGAAAUUCUGGCGAUGCAUGAAACUAUUUUGAAAUGUCCAACACCCGGUUGCAAUGGUCGCGGUCAUGUUAGCUCAAAUCGCAAUACACAUCGCAGUUUGUCAGGAUGUCCUAUAGCUGCCGCUAAUAAACAAGCAGCACGCGAACAAAAAUAUCUACAGCAUCGCAGCAGGAGUCCACAAAUGGCAACAGCAAACACAUCCAGUUCUGUCGGGAGUUGUCAAUCUGAUUAUACACAAUCCAGUUUUGAAAGUAAGCCACCAACAAUGGAUGUUAAACCUGGUUAUUUAAUUGGUUAUGAAAAUAACGUCCCAACAACAAGCCAAGAACAAAAUCCAGAAAACUCACAAAAAUUCGAAGUAUCCAAAAUGGAAUACGAAGCAUAUUAUCAACAACAAAAAGUUUCAAAUAAAUCCGCUGAAGAAAUGUCAGCAAAUAAUAAAAUUGUACCAAAAACGGAAGUACCUACAUGUUGUAGUAGUUCAACUUCCACACGAACUGACCAAUUAUUGGUUCCGAAAAUUGAAUCGAUGCCCACACCAACUCCAUGCCGGGCAAAUACACCACUAUCAAAUCCACAAAUGCGAUCUUCUUACGACUCUUAUAUGAAUCAAGAUUCGAAUUCAUCCUCCAUGUCUAGUAUGGACACAAUGGGAUCACGAACAAUGUCUGGUCAUCAUUUACAUCAUCCAGCAGUUCCAAUUCCUCAGCAUCAUAAUCCACAUCAACCGCCACCACCUCCUUCGAGUUCGUACAGUAUCGUUGACGAUUCACGCUUAUCGCAUCAAAUACCGCAACGAUCGCCAUAUCAAAUGCAAUCUACGAAUUCAGAGGAAAUAUAUCAACCAAGGCCGGAACAUAAUGCACCUCGACCGUAUGGUGAUAUGACCACAGUAAUGGGUAAUACGAUAGCACGACCGGUGGUGACAUAUUCCACAGAUAUAACAAAUCGAUCGUACGAUGUCAAUUCAGCAAGUCAUCGACCAUAUGAUCCAGGUACCACCACAGCAUUUGAGCGAUAUGACUCAUCAGCUGCUGUGGCACAAAGUUGUACUAAUUUACAACAACAAGCCUUACAUCCUUCACAACGUGUACCCCCACAGGGAAUGUAUCCAUCGUACGCUUCAAUAGAAGAGCAAGAACAACGAUAUCAGCAAGAAGCCGCUGCAGCGCAACAACAUCAAAUGGCUGUUGCAACCGCAGCAGCUGCUGGUAUGAUGAAAUCAGAUCAAACAUCUGAAGCUGAAAAUACUGGUCCUUUAUAUCCAAGGCCUAUGUAUCAAUAUGAUCCUUCAACGGGAGGUAUACCAACAGGGUUUUCUGCUAUAAAUUUAUCAGUUAAAUGUGCGGCUGCAGCCCAAGCAGCUGCUCAAAUGAAAAGUGGUGGACCACCGACGUCGCCUGGAGGAACCGUAAUGGAUUUAUCUACGUCUAGUGUCACAUCUACCAGUCCGCAGGUGACAUACGGUUCCCCACAUUAUGGUGGUCAACGAGGUAGUCCACAAGCAGCAGCCAGUCCACAUUUAACAGCCAGCCCACAAGUUCCAAGUCCUCAGGGUCAAACGUUAGACCUUAGUGUAAAUCGAUUACCUCACAGUAGCGUACGACCAGUACCAACAUUUGCGAGUCCCAUAAUUGGAGCACCACCAGCUAGUUCCGGUUAUAGUCGAGAAUCAACACCAGACAGUGGAGGAUCGCAUUAUAUCGAUGCAUAUCGAGACGCUACCGGCUAUGCACCGAUGAGUCCGCAUCCUGGAUAUGGUAUGACACCAGUACCCAGUGAAUAUCCAACACCGUAUACACCGUAUCCUGCCUCAAGUUACGCAUGUAGUACAGGAUCUACGGCAUAUUCGGGUCCUGUAACAACUGGUUAUCAUCCGGCAGCAGGAUCUGGUGGUGGAUAUUCGCCGAAUCCCUGUUACAGUAUGCCACCUCCACAACAUUCAUUAUCAUCACAUGAUAAAAAUGGUUCACCGAAUAAAGAUGGCAGUUUAUCUGGAUGUCCUCGUGCUGAUCGAUCACAAAUUCAAGCACACUCACAAGAAUUGAAAUGUCCAACGCCAGGAUGUGAUGGUUCCGGUCAUGUAACUGGCAAUUAUUCAUCACACAGAAGUUUAUCAGGUUGCCCACGUGCAAAUAAACCAAAAAGUAAACCAAGAGAUGGUCAAGAUUCCGAGCCAUUAAGAUGCCCUAUCCCGGGUUGCGACGGAUCAGGCCAUGCAACUGGCAAAUUUCUGUCGCAUAGAAGCGCGUCUGGGUGUCCAAUUGCUAAUCGGAAUAAGAUGCGAGUGCUAGAGAGUGGUGGAACAGUUGAACAGCAUAAGGCGGCAGUAGCGGCAGCCACUGCAAUGAAGUUUGAAGGUGUUAACUGUCCCACACCAGGUUGUGACGGAACAGGUCAUGUUAAUGGGUCAUUUCUAACUCAUCGAUCUUUAUCAGGUUGUCCUGUUGCGGGUCAAACAAUUAAGAAGAAUAAAUAUCCAGAUGAAAUGUCAUUUUAUCCAAAAAGUUACACAGGUUUAGAGAGCGGAGCAAAUACGAAUCCAGGUGGUGAGGAUUUACUAACUUUAGAAGCUGAAAUCACGGAAUUGCAGCGUGAAAAUGCUCGAGUCGAAUCCCAGAUGAUGCGUCUCAAGUCCGACAUCUCAGCCAUGGAGUCACAUCUUAAUCACGGUGAAAAGGAGACACAAGUUCUGUCUCAACGCAACAACAAUCUGAACGAGUACUACGAGAGCCUGAGAAACAACGUGAUCACACUAUUGGAGCAUGUUCGACUACCUGGCGGCGGAUCAACGCAGGAGAAACUCGGGCACGAGAACUUUGACAGCUAUCUCAGCAAACUACAGACGCUAUGCACACCAGACGGUUAUUGUACCGACGAAAAUCGGCCCCUGUACGAGACCGUCAAAUCCGCUCUUCAAGAUUUCACCGUGUUGCCCACACCGAUCUAAACGUGGCCAUGUAUCGUCCCCACGCUAAUUUCUACUAUAGGUAAAUAAAAAUAAAACAAAAGUGAUUUCGCUCAUCGCAAAUAUUUUAGAGCAUUAUUUAAUGUGAAUAUUGAAUUAAUCUGACACGGUAAGUGAUUAAUUUUUAACUUUGGAUUAAUACAAUAUUCACUAUGGAAGCGCUGUAAUUUAAAUAAAACUUCACAGCAGCAUAAAAGAAAAUAAAAGUACUGAUUAUAGUUUUGCCUUUGCGACACUUCAAUAUUAAUUUAUAUAAAAAAUGGACUUUAAAUAUGAUGCAAGUUUUAUAAAGGCAUCAAAAAAUAUUGUAAAUACAAGGAAAUGCUAAGGGUAA